CGAGGAGUGCCUCGCCUCCGAGUCUUCCGUGAGGGCGGGUUGCCGUGCUAGUGUCCACGACGGACUCACAUCACAUCCACGUCCAUCUAUAAUUCUACAUCUUUACACCACUGACCAUGACGUCCGAGAGGCGCGAUUUCUCCGCUGGCGCGGCCUAUUCAUAUUUUUCAGCUUGCGAUCAAUACGAGACUGACCCCCAGCCUACCCUGCUAUACUUUCCUUCCACGUACAGCAUCGAUGCGGCCGAUAACGCUAGCAACGAUUGGGACGCUUGUACAUUCAGGCACUACAACGAAGCUUCGCUAUGUGUCCCAAAGGUAUCUGAAGCCCUCGCUAGCACGGAUUACAACCGCAGUCCUGCAUGGUCGUGCGAGGCUCAAGAUGAGCCUACCGUCGGAUCUUUCAGCGUAUUACUACACAGAUCGGACGUGGAGGCAUCUUUGCCUCUUACGAACAGCGCUACGAAGAAUGCUACUGCCGAAUCUCCGGCACAAAGACCCGUCACAGUAGUUGCAGCACCACCGACGAUCAGUGAACGUUUUAUCCUUCCCGCCUGGGCUCAGCCUGAAAAGCCUCGUGGCAGGACUUCGGUUGUACUUGGCGAUGCUGUUCCUUUCUGGCUCAGGAAGGUCAUGAGAAGCCUCAAGGUUACAACGAAUCGGAAUGUACAGCCCAGCACCCUUAGACACGCGUGUGAGUCUCUCCUGAGUAAGCCUACUGCAGUGUGGCAACUAGGCUCAGUAUGCCUACCUACGCCGGCUGUAUCUGAACACAUUCAGGUGUAUGGAUUUGUCCUAUUUGUCGAUCUGAUGCAUGGGCCUGGUCGCAUAUACUUCAAACUAUCUGACAGGUGCUGGGCAACACUAUCAGCAGCAGCGGGCCGAAAGCACUUGAUCUCGAGUACCAAUACCGAGGAGGAGCGGGCCACGGACGGGCAGCCUGUGAACGAUCUGGCUAGUCUGUAUGUUGGUUGGGUUGCCGCGAACAAUUUGCAACGAGUCAAGAAAGAUGGUUCGGGUAGGGUCUACGCUACUGAGUUGUGCAAAAGAAUUGAGUGUGAGCUGCAAAGGGUGGCAUCUACUCUCUAAGAUGCUGAGACGCCGACAUCCGCGGCUCCGCGGUAAAGGUUGAUUUGUACCAUUCUCCUGUAUGACCCGCUCGGCCAUAUGAAAUUUCGGAGGUAUACCGUCCUAGCCUGGGAAGUGCUUGCGGGCAUUAUAACCGUACAAGCUAUUGUACACUACUCUAAGCUAUGAUGUCAAUAGCUUUAGGGUCGAGAACGUCCCACUGGCUGAAA